AUGAGUGAUUUGUUAGAGUCACAAAGAUCAGCAUUGGAAAACCUUGAUGUUAUAGAACAUGCAUUAUCCCAAAGAUUUUCAAGAAAUCCAAAUCUCAUUCCCAAAUCAUUGCGGCCGUGCCCUAAACAUGGUAAUAUUCUAACGAGAAAGAAUAGGGCGUACACCAAACGAUUAUUUCGCCUUCAACAACACGAGCUAAAGCAGUUUCUGGUGGAUUAUGGAAGAUUAUUGAAAUUGGCUUCAAAUUCAUUUGACCAUGAUGCAACUACGGUUAAACAGGAAAUGCAGAAUCUCAAAGAGGAAGACUCAUUUGAAAAAUUUGAUAAUUUGAUGGCCUUAGUUACAAACAGUACAGACGAAGGUCCUGGUGUAAAAGGAUCACAAUUGAUGUAUUCACUGUUUGGUAGUGUUGACCCAAAGGAUGUCAAGAUCAAAGUAAAGAAGGGAACAGGCAAGGAAAUCAAAAUGGCAAGAAGGAGAGGUUUGCUAAGUAUGGCGGCAUCUCAUUUACAGGAAAUAGAGAUCGAUGAUACUCUCGAUUUGAAAGAGUUUCAUAAAUUUUACAACGAAAACUUUUCGUCAAGCGAAAUUCCAUACGUGCAGUAUUUGUACUCCUUCCAUAAAUUCCCAUAUGAAAAGACAACCAACGAGAACUAUCGACCUUAUUUGAAAUCCCUUUUUGCAUUAUUAUUGCUGCGGUACACCCAAUUGUAUCCCUUGUCUGAUUCAAGCGGAAUAUUUGAGGAAAUCGAUUGCAAUGCCAAUGAGGAGAGCUCGCAGACAUUGUUGAGCACUAGUGUUGAAUUAUAUUGUGCUGUUUGUGACAAACACUUUGCUACGGAAAACGUCUACAAAGCUCACCUUGAAAGCAAAAAGCAUCAGAAAAAAGCAUCAAAGGCUGGAGAGGUAUCCCAAGGAGGUCGAAAUAAACCUAAUGCUUGGUACGAGCAAGCAGUCAAGGUGUUGACAAGACAUCUCGAAGAAGCAAUACACCAAACAGAAAAGCUGUGCGUUAUUUCAGAAAGAGCCAAAUUUAAUGAGAAACAAGACGAACUAGAUGUUGAAAAUGCGUACACUGAGGUGGAAGAUAGUGGUAAUUCUGAUUCCGACGAAGGUUCCGACGAAGAUUCCGAUGCUGACGCCGACCUUUUCAAAAACCUACCAUUAGGAGCCGACGGUACGCCUAUACCAUUCUGGCUUUACAAGCUUCAAGGGUUACAUAAAACGUACACAUGUGAAAUAUGUGGCAAUGUUGGAUACAAGGGUAAACAAGCCUUUGAAAGACAUUUUAAUGGAACCAAGCACCAGAAGGGCUUACAACUAUUGGGUGUAACUGAAGAUAAGUUUUCACUUUUUAAAAAUAUUGCUCUGAUUGACGAAGCUCAGAACUUGAUGCAAAACUUGAAGAAGGACACGAGGACGAAACAGACCGAAAUACAUGAUGCGAUAGAAGUUGAAGAUAAGCAGGGAAAUGUGAUGAGCUAUUUAGAUUAUUUAGAUUUGAAAAAGCAAGGUUUAAUAUAG